CACUUCCAGAAGUUCUUGCAAAUUUGAAUCGUUACGUUUCAAUAAUGCGUUCAAAACGUAAACGCAUCUCAUCUGACGAAGAUGAGGAUGCCACAGAUGACCAGUCUGGUAGUGAGCGGCCGGUGAAGAGACAGAAGCAUAAAAACAAAGCUGGUACAAAACAUUGGUCCCUGGAAGACGUUGCUGUGUUGCUGGACAAGGUGCGUGCUGUCCUGCCGAAACACGACACUGUAAGAUACGCACUUCAGUUGAACAGACUGGACUGGGAGGCUGUGUCGUUCAACUCAUACUCAGCGGACCUCUGCAAACAGAAGUUUUCUUACAUCAUGGAAAAGAUUCGUCACAACCAAACGCUGAGUGAGCUGGUUGCGUCCGGUACAGACAUGAUACAGGCACGCCCACAGCUCUUUAGAGACGACCAGUCUUACACGGAUCUGCCGAAGAAGCCAUUGUCGUCAUAUUUUCAUUUCCUGGCUGAUAAACGACAGAAGCUGAAGUCAAGUCACCCGGACUUGAACAGCGUCGAGCUCACGAAACUGCUGUCUGCGAAGUACAACAGUUUGUCGCCAAAAAAGAAGAGGAAAUACCUGAAAAUGGCCCAGGCUUCGAAAGAAGAAUAUGAGAAUAAGAUGACGGCAUUCAGGACUGAACACCCCGAGUUUGAGGUCAAAUCGAAAGGACUUUUCUCCGAUGCUCCGAAGAUACCGACACCUCUAGCAUUAUUCACCAAGAGGAAACUGAGUUCUGUUAGAGAAUCAUUUCCAGAGGAGCCGGAUGAACACUGUAAAGGCCGGUGUAAAGAGAUGUGGGCUGAGCUAAAGAAUAAGAAGAAACUCAAGUGGAUCAGGAAGGCGGCCGCAGCAUGGCCUCAGUUUGUGGAAGAAAUGGAUGCUUACAUUAAAAAGUACCCCAGUUUCCCUGUUAAACCUCAGAGUCUCUUUACGGCAGAAGAACAGCGCUUAAAAGAUAAGGAUGAUGGGAAGCCUCCAAAACCUCCACGGAAUGGAUUCUACCUGUUCAUGCAGGAGGGAAAGGAACACAGUGAUGGGAAUGAGUCACUUCCUGAGUUGAGGGAGCGGUGGAAAAACUUACCAAAAGAAACACAGAAGCUUUAUUCUGAUCAAGCAAAACAGGCCCAAGAAGACUACAACAAUGCUUAUGAAGACUACCUAGAGCGAGUGGGGGAGGUGCAGUACACUAUAGGGAAGAAGAUCAGUCAUGGUGCACAAGGUGUUAAGGGUGCAAAAGUCAAAAUGUUCACGAAAAUUAAGACAUGUCCUGAUGAUGAUGAUGAUGUACAGAAUAACAACUUGAACAACGUCGAUAUGCUGGGUAGAAGCGACUCGGAUAAUGACCUCGACGACAAGGAAGAGAAACCAGGACCAACGUCCAAGCAGACGAUGAUCACCAAUUACAUUACUGGAAAGAAGAUUCAAAAUGAGAAAAAAGUUCCAAAGACUUUUCCUGGAGAACCACCUAGACCUGUGAAAAGUGCCUAUCAGUUGUUUUGCAAGGACUGGCUGUCAUCGUUGAAUGACGUUCCACACAAGGAGAGGAUGCAGGAGAUCGCGCGCCGCUGGAAAGAGGUUACAUCAGAGGAGAAACACAAACUACAGGAGCGAGUGGAAAAACAGAAACACAGAUACAAGAAGAAACUGAAACAUUUCAAAGAGUCGCUGACACCGGAAGAGCUGGAGUAUUUUGAUGUGGUUAUCGCAAGGCGAACAGGAGCAAAAGGAAAGUCUAAACAGUCGAAGGUGAACUAAAUGCUUUCUAGUUAUUGUGGAGGUA